AUGAGUUUCUUAACAACGGCGAUGAUGUUUUCGCGUGCGAGAGGAAGAUGCGCUCGUCGAUUUGUACGCAUUGGGAGUACUGAGCACCAAAACGGUCGACGCGCUUUACAGGCGUUUUCCCCGUACUCUACGAUAGGCGAGGAAUCCCCUCCUCGUAUUCGCGAAUACGAGGAAGACGACGACGAGGAGGAAAAGGCGUUCGCGGAACGCGAGAAGAAAUUUACGCUGCAAAGAAAACUCUUUCGAGAGAGUUUGAAGAUGAAGAAUUUAGAACGCGCGAAUGGUUUCACGCGGAAGAAUUUGGAUCUGAGCGCGAGCGCUCUCGGGAUGAGUCCCGCGGUCGUGGAUGCGAUGAUGGGCGACGGCGACGAUGUCCCGCCGGAGUUGAAGUUAUUGGAACAAUGCGUGGAAGAUAUGGACGAAAAGGUGAAACGGGAGAUGUUGUCGUCGCCUUCGCCGACAGAGAACGGAGACGAAGGAUUUCCCGAGACGGCGGAGGAGAAGUUACAACGCGUCAUCUUCGAGAGAGUGUUUAUGAUAGAAAAAUACGCCGAGUGGUGGCCAGAAGCAGUGUUGAAAGCGGUCAGAAAAGGCGGUCCCGGAUACGCCAAACGAAUGGCGGGACGAAGGAUGGAAAUUGCCGAGUCCAUCGCGGAAUUUGCGUUUUCGAGAGAGUACGAUGACGAAGCCGAAGAUAACAACGGCGAUUCGUUUUCGAGUAGAAAUAGUGAUAACAGUACUAGAACUAGAAUUAGCGGCAACACUGGGAAGGUUUUAAAACGUGCCGACGUGGCUGCCAUUGCCGGCCUCCUCUCCUUAGGAGAAACCCUAGUCACGAUAGACUUUUCUCGCGAUCGAGAGAUGACGAAAGAAAAGUUGCGCCAAUCGAUCAAAGCGUUCGUCGACGCGAGAAGACAGGCGCAAACUGUCAAAGAUUACGCCGAAGCGUGGACGGUUGUGGAUGCAAUCGUCACCAACGGGGUGAAUUCUUUGGACCGCCUGGUUGAUGUAGUGAGUAGUCGUAAAAAUAGAAAUUUCGACGACGAUUUUAGCAAAAAGCUCAAAGCUUCUCCUCAAGACGCGCUUCGCAUGGCGUCGAAGUUGUUCGAGAAGAAGCAAGAGUUCGUGUCCAAAUUGUUCAAAGGAAAGAAGAAAGACGACGACGAGAACAACAACAACGAAAACAACAAGUAG